UCCGGGAGCGUCCAAGUCGCCGCCGCCACAGCCGCCGCCGCCGCCGCCGCCGGGGGCUUGGCGCGCCCCGCCACCCCGGGCCGCUGGGUGCCGCGGCCGCCGGCGGAACAUGGCGCCCUGUACGCUGUGGCGCUGCUGCCAGCGCAGCGUGGGCUGGGUGCCGGUGCUCUUCAUCACCUUCGUGGUCGUGUGGUCCUACUACGCGUACGUGGUGGAGCUCUGCGUGUUUACUCUUUCCGGAAAUGGAGAAAACGGAAAGGCCGUUGUUUACCUUGUGGCUUUCCAUCUGUUCUUUGUUAUGUUUGUGUGGUCCUAUUGGAUGACAAUUUUCACAUCUCCCGCUUCCCCCUCCAAAGAGUUCUACUUGUCCAGUUCCGAGAAGGAACGUUACGAGAAGGAGUUCAGCCAGGAAAGACAACAGGAGAUUUUGAGAAGAGCGGCGAGGGGCUUGCCUGUCUACACCACGUCGGCGACACAGACCAUCAGAUACUGUGAGAGAUGUCAGCUGAUUAAGCCCGACCGCGCGCAUCACUGCUCAGCAUGUGACAUAUGUAUUCUGAAGAUGGAUCAUCACUGUCCUUGGGUGAACAACUGUGUGGGAUUUUCUAAUUACAAAUUCUUCCUGCUGUUUUUACUGUACUCUCUACUGUACUGCCUUUUUGUGGCUACAACAGUUUUACAGUACUUUAUAAAAUUUUGGACGAACGAGCUCUCAGAUACACGCGCAAAAUUCCACGUGCUUUUUCUGUUCUUUGUGUCUACAAUGUUCUUCAUCAGCGUAUUGUCACUUCUCAGCUACCACUGCUGGCUUGUUGGAAAGAACAGAACAACCAUAGAAUCGUUCCGUGCUCCCACAUUUUCAUAUGGACCUGAUGGAAAUGGCUUCUCUCUUGGAUGCAGUAAAAAUUGGAGACAAGUCUUUGGUGAUGAAAAGAAAUAUUGGCUACUACCAGUAUUUUCAAGUCAGGGGGACGGCUGCAGUUUUCCGACUCGCCUUGUGGGGACGGAUCCAGAACAAGCUUCCGUUUCAAACCAAAGUGAAAGUGGCAGAAGUAUUGGCUCAAAUCAACCCUUUCCUAUCAAGCCGCUUAGCGAAUCAAAAAACCGCUUGUUGGACAGUGAAUCUCAGUGGCUGGAAGAUGGAUCUGAAGAAGGCGUGGUCAGGCCAGGGACAAAUAAUCAUGUUACAGUGGCCGUAGAAAAUUGAGUACCACUUGUUCAUAACUAACCAAUUGACUAAGAGCAAGGUUUAUAAAAAAAACAUUAUCGACUGAUAUUUUCAGUUUUAUGUGCAAAAAAUGAUCCAUGGAAUGAAGUGAUUGAAGUAUAACAGAAGAUAGAUGUUUUGAAAAAGGAGCCCUUUGUACAGAGUUGCUGGAUCCACAGAAGCACUGCUCCAGCGCGGGAAGAUGCCUUAACCUUAAAGGAGCCCAUUUGUUCAGCAUUGACUGAACAGCUACAAACAUGACCUAACUUACUUACCGCUAGGAAUUGCUGUAAUAUCAGGUCACACGUUAACAUGGCAUAUGUAUUUUUUUGAUACUUGAGCUACAUUAUUAGAGCUGUUUCUUAGUAUCUGUAUAAAUUUUCACUCCAGAAACACAAGCUAAAAACAUGUCUUGGCGUUGCUGUUAUGGCUCUGUGGAAACGAAUCUGACUAGUAUCCAUGAGGACGCAGCUUCGAUCCUUGGCCUCCAUCAGUGGGUUAAGGAUCCAGCGUUGCCGUGAGCUGUGGAA